AUGUCUUUAUCGAAUUCGUCAAAUUUAACUUCUUCCUCCGUGGCCACAGGAUCCUACUCUGACCACGUCGACAGCAAAAUCAAGUGUUGCUUUAAGACGUGCUUUAAAUGCAACUCGUUUGAAAUGUUUGGCGCAGCUACCACCUUCUUUGAAACCGGAAAUUUGUCAUGCUUUGAGAACGAACGAGAGCAUACUCAACGAGAGGUUAUUCUCCCAUGCAAUAACGAUAACAACGGCGACGAGGAGAUUAAAACCAUAAAAUUCUGUAACAAUCACUUAUCAAUAACGUUUAAUGAUUUAAUAGUGCACUCAACGUCAAUAGAUUUCAUGAAUUUAUCUGGGGGAUUGACACAACGGAAGAGAAAUGCUUUGGUAAGAGUUAAUGUAAAGUGUCAGGGACAAUCGUUUGAUAAUUUAUUGUGGGGUCAGGGAGCGAAGAAGAUGUUGGGAUUACCAAAUGCUGGGGGUGCAAGUGUGUUAUCGGAAGUUCUUUCUUGUGAAGUGAUGGAAAGAAUUUUGGGCGUGGAAUUAUUUAAAACCGAGAUGGAAGUAAAAUACCUAUUUAUAAAUCAACCAAUGACCGACUACCUCGUGAAAUUCCAUCAUCCACAACAAAAAAUUUUAUUCUGUCUCGGCGUUUCAGUAACACGCGCAUAUGCACCUAAACGUCGCUAUACAAAACAAGAUGCUCACAAAUUACUCACGAGAAAACUCCUUGGCGUCAAUUCGUCCACGCGAAACAUCAUCAAUGCUAAAGUCUGGAAACAAAUUCUACAUAUCUGGUGCCCCAAUGGUAAAGUGGCGAACGUGGUUAGACGGGCUUACGCGAAGUUGGAUGACACUUACAAGUCGAAUACGGUGGUUGUGUUGAGUGUUGUUGAUUCGAUGUGGGUUUUUACAAAUGGGAAAACGUAG